AUGAUAGAGGCCACUGACAAGAAGUGGGAAGGCAUAUACAAACCAGGAGGACAGGAAAUCUCCCUGUCAUUCCAGAGGUAUGCAGAACUAAGGACGCAGCUUAAGAAAGUGGACCCAAACUCACCAAAGCAACAAGUUCUGUCUGGCAGCUGGUUCUUGGGCAAACUGAGGAUUAUCAGCUCAUCUGGCCAGAUGGAGGCCCAUCGGGUCAGUGGAGAAUUAUUGCCUCAGACUUGCAAACAAAGCGGGUUCACCACCAUCACCACCACACCCAUUCUAGAUACUGCAGUUGUAGAAAAAAUGGACAAUGUUACAGGUGGCAUGGAGACAUCUCGCCAAACCUAUGAUGACAAGCUCACAGCAGUGGAAAGCGACCUGAAAAAAUUAGGGGACCAAACUGGGAAGAAAGCUAUAAGCACCAACUCAGAACUUUCUACCUUCAGAUCAGAUAUACUGGAUCUUCGUCAGCAGCUUCGUGAGAUUACAGAGAAAACCAGCAAGAACAAAGACACGCUGGAGAAGUUACAGGCAAGUGGGGAUGCGCUGGUGGACAGGCAGAGUCACCUGAAGGAAACUUUGGAGAAUAACUCUUUCCUCAUCACCACUGUAAACAAAACCCUCCAAGCGUAUAAUGGCUAUGUCACCAAUCUACAGCAAGACACCAGCGUGCUGCAGGGCAAUCUGCAGAGCCAAAUGUACUCUCAUAACGUGGUUAUUAUGAACCUCAACAACCUGAACCUGACCCAGGUGCAGCAGAGGAACCUCAUCACUAAUUUGCAGCGGUCUGUGGAUGACACGAGCCAGGCCAUCCAGCGAAUCAAGAACGACUUCCAAAAUCUGCAGCAGGUUUUCCUUCAAGCCAAGAAGGACACUGAUUGGCUGAAGGAGAAAGUGCAGAGUUUACAGACGCUGGCUGCCAAUAACUCUGCCUUGGCCAAAGCUAACAACGACACCCUGGAGGAUAUGAACAGCCAGCUCAGUUCAUUCACAGGUCAGAUGGACAACAUCACCACAGCCUCACAAGCCAAUGAGCAGAACCUGAAAGACCUGCAGGACGUACACAAGGAUGCGGAGAACAGAACAGCCAUCAAGUUCAGCCAGUUGGAGGAACGCUUCCAGCUCUUUGAGACAGAUAUUGUGAACAUCAUUAGCAACAUCAGUUACACUGCCCACUACCUGCGGACGCUGACCAGCAAUCUGAAUGAAGUCAGGACGACUUGCACAGAUACGCUGACCAAACACACAGACGACCUGACCUCCUUGAAUAACACACUGGCCAACAUCCGUUUGGAUUCUGUUUCUCUCAGGAUGCAACAAGACAUGAUGAGGUCAAGGUUAGAUACUGAAGUAGCCAACUUAUCAGUAAUUAUGGAAGAAAUGAAGCUGGUAGACUCCAAGCAUGGUCAGCUCAUCAAGAAUUUUACAAUACUACAAGGUCCUCCUGGCCCCAGGGGUCCAAAAGGCGACAGAGGACAGCAGGGACCCCCUGGUCCCACUGGCAACAAAGGACAAAAAGGAGAGAAGGGAGAGCCUGGUCCACCCGGCCCCGCUGGUGAGAGGGGCCCAAUUGGGCCAGUUGGCCCCCCUGGAGAGCGUGGCGGCAAAGGCUCCAAAGGCUUGCAGGGCCCCAAAGGCUCCCGUGGAUCCCCUGGGAAGCCUGGCCCUCAGGGCCCCAGCGGAGACCCAGGCCCCGCAGGCCCACCAGGCAAGGAUGGACUCCCUGGCCCUCAGGGCCCUCCUGGCUUCCAGGGAUUGCAGGGCACCGUGGGAGAGCCGGGGGUGCCUGGACCUCGGGGGCUGCCAGGCUUGCCUGGGGUGCCAGGCAUGCCAGGCCCGAAGGGCCCCCCUGGCCCCCCAGGCCCAUCAGGGGCAGCGAUGCCCCUGGCCCUACAGAAUGAGCCAACCUCUGCACCUGAGGCCAAUGGCUGCCCACCUCACUGGAAGAACUUCACAGACAAAUGCUACUAUUUUUCGGUUGAGAAAGACAUUUUCGAGGAUGCAAAACUUUUCUGUGAAGACAAGUCUUCACAUCUUGUUUUCAUAAACACAAGAGAGGAACAGCAAUGGAUAAAAAAGCAGAUAGUAGGAAGAGACAGCCACUGGAUCGGCCUCACAGACUCGGAGCACGAAAAUGAAUGGAAGUGGCUGGAUGGGACGUCUCCAGAGUACAAAAAUUGGAAAGCUGGACAGCCAGAUAACUGGGGUCAUGGCCAUGGGCCAGGAGAAGACUGUGCUGGGCUGAUUUAUGCUGGGCAGUGGAAUGACUUCCAGUGUGAAGACAUCAAUAACUUCAUUUGCGAAAAAGACAGAGAGACAGCUGCCACCAGGGGACAGUUCUACAUGACUUGGUAUCAGUGGACAUGGGUCCCACAGGACUAUACCAACAGAGAAAGAGUUGUUAAACAGCAACCACCCCCAGGGCACAGCAACAGUACCACCAUCUGCAUUAUAAUGGACUGUGAUGUAAUAACAAGAGCAGAUUUUCAGAUGGUUCUCAAGGGCAAAGGAUACUUCUUUCUGAUUGCAUCAUCUUCUCACCAGAUUGAAAAAAAAGCACUGAAAACAAAUUACUGA